AUGGAUAUAAAGAAAAGAGAAUUCGAUAAUUCAACAGAUCAAUUAGGGUCAUAUGGCGAAAAUAAUGAUUCAAAGAGAUUAAAACUUGAAAUUGAAAACGAAAUUGAUAAAUCAAUUGAACCAAGUCCAGUUAUUCAUUGUCGAGGACUUCCAUAUUCAGUAACAGAUGCAGAUAUACAUGCAUUAUUAUCACCUUUUGGAAAAGUUGAAGCAGUAUGUUUAAUGAGAAUGGGACAAGCAUUAAUUGAAAUGGACUCAAUUCAAACAUCUACAAGCAUCAUUUCUCUUUCUAUAACUAAACCAUUCAUAUUACAUAAUCAAAAGAUUUUAUUUGCAUAUUCUAAAAGUCAGCAUUUAAAUAAUUCAAAGAAGAAUCAACCAAUAGCACAAACAGGUAGUCAAAAUAUAAUUUUAUGUACAAUUUUAAAUCCAAUAUACCCAAUUACUACCAAUACUAUACACAAUAUUAUGUCACCAUAUGGAAGAGUUAUAAGAAUUGUUAUCUUUCAGAAAAAGAGUGGUUUACAAACUUUUGUAGAAUUUGAUUCACCAUAUUCAGCAUGGGCAGCAAAAGAAUCAUUAAAUGGGCAAGAUAUUUAUAAUGGUGGUUGUAAAUUACAAAUAGAGUUUGCUCGUGUUUCAAAAUUAAAUGUAAAACAAAAUGAUGAUAAGACGGCAGAUUAUACAGCAGAAUUUUAUCAAAUGCAACAGCAACAACAGAUGGCAUCUUUAGGGUCACCUUAUGCAAUGCCAACACAAGGUGGUCCAAUGGGUAAUCCAUUUUCCACCGUUCCACACCAUCAUGGUAGUAUGGGUCAUCAUCAUUCUCCAUUCACUAGUGUGGUUGGUGGUGGUGGAGGUGGUGGUGCUCCAAUGGGUAUUGAUAAAUCAAUGAUGUACUCACAAUCGGCAAUGUCAUCCUAUAUGUAUAAUAUUGUUGGUGGUCAAGAAUCACUCAGUCAACCUGUAAUCUUGGUCAAUAGAUUACCAGAGACUUUGGAUACUGAUAAACUAUUCAAUCUCUUUUGUCUCUAUGGAAAUGUAAUUAAAAUUAAAAUGCUACAUAAUACCAAAGGUAGUGCAAUGGUUCAAAUGGGUGAUAGUGUUCAAGCUGAAAUCGCAAUUCAAUGUUUAAAUCAAUCUUCAGUUUAUGGUCAAAAAAUAGGUGUUUUCCAUACAAAAUAUCAAUAUAUUGUAGAAUCUGAAAAAACUAGAGAUUAUUCAAAAUCAACAUUAAAUAGAUUUUUAAAUAAUCAACCAUAUGGAAAGAAUGCUUAUAAACCUUCACCAACUCUUCACUUUUUAAAUGUUCCCCUUAAUUUUACUGAAAAACAAUUAAUCGAUGAAUUUACAAAUUUUGGUACACAUACUCCAACUCAUUGUAAAUUCUUUCCAACUAAACCUGAAAGUACAAAAUUGAUGGGACUUUUAGAAUUUCCCGAUUCUAGAUUGGCCACUGAAGCGUUAAUGGAUUUAAACAAUCACAAAAUUACUGGAAAUGUAUUAAAACUAUCAUUUACAAUGAAUACAAUCCAUAAAACUGAACAAACACAACCAUUACAACCACCACAACCCCCACCAAAUUUAUCAUAA